UAUUAAAAAAAAAUUCAGAGUAGAGAAAAGAUGUGUUCAUACAUAGAAAGAUUCAUAGACUGGAUUUGUUUUUGGGAAAAGGACAUUUCAUGUACACUCCCCACCACGAAGCAAAAGAUAGUCUUCAAGGUGCAAAUAAAUUCUGAGAAAUACAAAACCAAGGCCUUGAAGACUGCUGCAAAGGCCCGAGGUGUGAGCAACGUUUCCGUGGAAGUAGAGAAAGAGCUAAUGGAGGUGACUGGAGUUGGAGUUGAUUCCGUUUGCUUGGCCAAGUCAUUGCAGAAGAAGCUUGGCUACGCCACCAUAGUAAGCGUUGAAGAAGCGGAGAAAGAGGACAAUAAGAAAGAGGACAAGAAGAAAGAGGAGAUAAAGGCAAUUCAAUGGGCAUCAACCUAUUUUCCCCGUCCAAUGUUUCCUGUGUACUAUGACUCUGACGGAAACCCGAUAUUAAACUAAGCACUGUUAAUCUUGAGACUCCUGUAAAGACUGCAGUUGUCUACAAUGGACCUUUGCCUUUCUACGUAUGGCAAAAAGGCAAACAUUUGCUAUGUUUACGUGAUUGUUGUUGAAGUUUUGUACAUUUUAUGUUUGGAUAAGGAAAAAUAACUUGAAAUUUAAUAGGAAAAAUAAGUUGAAA